AUGGGUAUCAAAGGACUCAAUGCCAUCAUAUCGGAACAAGUUCCGGGUGCUAUUCGAAAGAGCGAGAUCAAACACUUUUUUGGGCGUAAAGUAGCGAUCGAUGCGUCCAUGUCGUUAUAUCAGUUUUUAAUCGCGGUGAGGCAGCAAGAUGGAGUUCAAUUGGCAAGUGAAACAGGCGAAACGACGUCCCACUUGAUGGGUAUUUUCUAUCGUACGCUGCGGAUGAUUGAUAACGGGAUUAAGCCAUGUUACGUGUUCGACGGUAAGCCUCCAGUGCUUAAGGCACACGAGUUGGCUAAGAGAAGCACACGGCGUGCCGAUACUGAGAAGAAGUUAGAAGAAGCGAUCGAAGAAGCUGAGAAAUUGAAGCACGAGCGCAGAUUAGUGAAGGUGCUGCCCGAGCAUAAUGACGAGGCCAAAAAAUUGUUGGGUCUAAUGGGAAUCCCGUAUAUCGUGGCACCCUGUGAGGCAGAAGCACAAUGUGCGGAACUUGCAAAAGCUGGGAAAGUAUAUGCAGCGGCCAGUGAAGAUAUGGAUACGCUUUGCUACCGUACUCCAUUCUUACUGCGACAUUUGACUUUCUCUGAAGCUAAAAAGGAGCCAAUUCAAGAGAUUAACGUCGAAAUGGUGUUGGAAGGACUAAAUUUGACAAUUGAACAAUUCAUCGACCUUGGUAUUAUGCUUGGAUGCGAUUAUUGUGAAAGUAUUCGUGGCGUUGGUCCCGUGACUGCUUUGAAGCUGAUCAAAGAACACAAAUCACUUGAAAACAUUGUCGCGUUUAUAGAGUCGGGCGAAUCUAACGCCAAAUGGAAAAUUCCUGAAAAUUGGGCCUAUAAGGAGGCCCGCGACCUGUUUUUGAAGCCAGACGUCCUGGAUGCCAGUGACAUAAAUUUGAAAUGGACGGAGCCUCAAGAAGAUGCCUUAGUAGAGUUUAUGGUUAAAGAAAAAGGAUUUAACGAGGAACGGGUUCGCACAGGUAUUCAGAGGCUUCGUAAAGGUUUGAAGACAGGCGUACAGGGCCGCCUGGAUGGGUUCUUCAAAGUGCGUCCCAAGACGCAAGAGCAGCUCGCAACGGCCGCUGCAAGUGCCAAAGCCGCCAAGAAAAAGGCUCCAAAAGGCAAAGUUGGCAAGAACAAAAGGUGA